CUGAUGAUUACAGUAAUUUUGGAGGGCGAUGUUGCAACGGGGCAGAGUGUGCGGGGCGGCCCGUGCUGAACUUUACAGCGCUCCCGCAUGUCAGCCGCCCUCGAUAUCGCGCCCAUAAAGGGGUCAGCGGGAGCGGCCGCCGGUUUCGCCACUCUCGCCGCCUCCCUCCUGCCGCUCAGCCGCCCGGCCAGGAAGGCGAGUUAUUUGGGAUUACGGCGUCGGACAGGAGCGCAGUCACAACCUCCCGGGGGCUCAGCCGGGAGCGAGAUGAGGGGCAAAGAGGAAAAGUCGUCGCUGAAAGCUUUCAUGAAGCAGAGAAGAAUGGGGCUAAAUGACUUCAUUCAGAAGAUAGCCACCAACUCCUAUGCGUGCAAGCACCCUGAAGUUCAAUCUAUCUUGAAAAUCUCCCAGCCUCAAGAGCCUGAACUCAUGAAUACUAAUCCUUCUCCUCCGCCCAGUCCUUCACAGCAGAUCAAUCUUGGUCCGUCAUCCAACCCUCAUGCCAAACCAUCAGACUUCCAUUUCUUAAAAGUGAUUGGAAAAGGCAGUUUUGGGAAGGUUCUUCUUGCACGACAUAAGGCAGAAGAGCAGUUCUAUGCUGUUAAAGUCCUGCAGAAAAAAGCAAUUUUGAAGAAAAAGGAGGAGAAGCACAUUAUGUCAGAGCGCAAUGUCCUGCUGAAAAAUGUGAAACAUCCCUUCCUGGUUGGGCUUCACUUCUCCUUCCAAACUGCAGACAAACUGUAUUUUGUCCUAGACUACAUUAAUGGUGGAGAGUUGUUCUACCAUCUCCAGAGGGAGCGUUGCUUCCUGGAGCCAAGAGCCCGAUUUUACGCUGCUGAAAUUGCCAGUGCACUGGGCUACCUACACUCCCUGAACAUUGUUUAUCGUGACUUGAAGCCAGAGAAUAUCCUGCUCGAUUCGCAGGGGCACAUUGUCCUGACUGACUUUGGACUCUGCAAAGAAAACAUAGAGCACAAUGGCACAACCUCCACCUUCUGCGGCACACCAGAGUAUCUUGCUCCUGAAGUUCUUCAUAAGCAGCCCUAUGACCGGACUGUGGACUGGUGGUGCCUUGGAGCAGUCCUGUAUGAGAUGCUUUAUGGCCUGCCGCCCUUUUACAGCAGGAACACGGCAGAAAUGUAUGACAACAUCUUGAACAAACCCUUGCAGCUGAAGCCAAAUAUUACCAACUCUGCUAGACAUCUACUGGAAGGCCUCUUGCAGAAGGAUAGGACAAAGAGGCUUGGUGCCAAGGAGGACUUUAUGGAGAUUAAGAAUCACAUCUUCUUCUCCCCAAUUAACUGGGAUGAUCUCAUUAAUAAGAAGAUUACACCCCCUUUUAACCCAAAUGUGAGUGGCCCCAGUGACCUGCGACACUUCGAUCCAGAGUUUACAGAUGAGCCAGUUCCCAACUCCAUUGGCCAGUCUCCAGACAGCAUCCUCAUUACUGCCAGCGUCAAAGAAGCCGCUGAGGCUUUUUUGGGCUUCUCGUAUGCCCCACCCGUGGACUCUUUCUUGUGAACAUUUUUCUUUCUUUCUUUUUUUCAAUAAUAAUAACUAUUAUUUUUAAUUUUAUUUGGUCUUCCGGUGGAACUGCCAGUUGACCAGUCAUCUUGAAAGAGAAUUUGCACAUUUCCACCAUGGCAGCUUUGCAGCCUUAAUUUCAACUACACUGUUUGCUGGAAGCUUUUUUGAAGAGCACAUCACUCUAAAUGAGCUUGACAGGCUUUUCAUUUCCACUCGUUCUUCCCCCAAAGUGGUGCUGACUUCUUGGGAAAGAAAACGAAAAGUGACUGCUGCUGUAGACUGCUGCGGCAGAUUGUAGGAAUAAGAACAAGCUGUUUUGAAAUUGUGCUCCGAAAAGCCUUGCCUGAAGAUCUUUCUGAACGUGAUAAGUAUUUUAUGAAAUGUGCCUUUUUCUGAUGAGAUCUUGUGAGCUCCAAAGCUUUCCCUGUUGCAGAGUGUGUUUCUCAGUUCAUUUAUGUGGGUUUACUAUGUGAACAAAUGGUC